AUGAAGUUAGCAGUGUGCUUUGUAUUGCUUUUCGCUACCACCAUGAGCCGUGGUGAUGAACAGAAGGUGGCCAAAAUGCGGGUUUGUGGUGGACGGUUACCUGAAGUAUUAAACUUUUACUGCCAGUUUCGAAAGGACAAUUCGGUGAUAAAACGUCAGCAUGAUGUUGGCAAUGUGAUAAUUCCUGUAUACGAUGGUGUGGAAUACAAUUGGCCGUGGAUAAGACAUUCUGGAGCGAUGACUUUGAAGGCGAAACGAGACGUUGAAGGUAUCGCUACAGAGUGCUGUGUUAAAUCUUGUUAUCUUGAAGAAAUUACAGCGUAUUGUCCAGAAGACGAAGUAUGA